AGCCCGGCCCUGACCAGCCCUGCCACUUUGAUCUGUGAGAGCGAGGAGAGAGCCCUCAGAUAAUGGCCCAUAGGAUAAGCAGUAGAAAAACUACUGAGGAGCAUCUGUUUGUGGAUCCAGUCCAUGUCAACCUUCAGAGCAACCAGAACUCCUCUCAAAAAGACAUCUGACUUCUGCUGAAAGAUCCCAGUGAGAGUGUCUCCAUCAUGAGGCUGGUGUGGAAGUCCUUGGACAAGAUGAGGUGUUUCCGUAAACGCUCCACCAUCCCCUUCCUGGGGGUCCUGGUCACCUGUCUACUCUUCCUCAAUCUGUACAUUGAGGAUGGGUAUGUGCUGGAGGAGGAUAAAAGACAACUGAGAGAAACAUCAGUGCAUCCUUCAAACUCAGAGAGAUAUGUUCACACCUUUAAAGAUCUCACAAAUUUCUCUGGAACCAUAAACGUCACAUAUCGUUACCUUGCUGGAACCCCUUUGCCUCGAAAGAAAUAUCUAACCAUUGGGCUGUCGUCCGUCAAAAGAAAAAGAGGGAAUUACCUCAUGGAGACAAUCAAAUCAAUUUUUGACCAGUCCAGUUAUGAGGAGCUAAAAGAGAUUGUGGUGGUGGUUCACCUGGCGGACUUUGACCUGGCCUGGUGUGAAAACCUGGUGCAGGACAUCUCCAGGAAGUUUGCCCACCACAUCAUCGCCGGGCAUCUCCUGGUGAUCCAUGCCCCUGAGGUGUACUACCCAUCACUGGAUGGGCUGAAAAGGAACUACAACGACCCAGAGGACAGAGUACGCUUCCGCUCCAAGCAGAACGUGGACUACGCCUUCCUCCUCAACUUCUGCACCAAUCUCUCAGAUUUUUACAUGAUGCUGGAGGACGAUGUGCUCUGCUCACGGAACUUCUUAACAUCCCUGAAAAAGGUGGUCACCUCCAGGGAAGGCUCGUACUGGGUGAUGUUGGAGUUCUCCAAGCUUGGCUACAUAGGGAAGCUCUACCACUCAAGAGACCUUCCGCGCCUGGCCCACUUCCUGCUCAUGUUCUACCAGGAGAUGCCUUGUGACUGGCUCCUUAUUCACUUCCGGGGCUUGUUGGCCCAGAAAGAUGUGAUCCGCUUCAAGCCCUCUCUGUUCCAGCACAUGGGCUACUACUCUUCAUAUAAGGGAGCAGAGAACAAGUUGAAGGAUGAUGACUUUGAAGAGGACUCUAUUGAUAUCCCUGACAACCCUCCUGCCAGCCUGUACACAAACAUUAAUGUAUUUGAAAACUAUGACGCCACCAAGGCUUAUAGCAGUGUGGACGAGUACUUUUGGGGGAAACCUCCCUCUACCGGAGACUUCUUUGUCAUAGUAUUUAACAAAUCAACUAAAAUAAGCAAAAUCAAAAUCUUGACAGGAACGGAUGAUCGUCAGAAUGAUAUCCUGCACCAUGGAGCUCUGGAAGUAGGAGAGAAGCUGGUGGGGACAAAGAGAGGAAGGCAGUGUUCUUCCUACAUCACGUUAGGGGAGUUUAAAAAUGGCCACAUUGAGGUCAAAGAUGUGGACCACAAGAUUGCCUUUGCCAUUGAGUGUGUUCGUAUUGUGGUGACUGCCAGUCAGAAAGAAUGGCUGAUUAUUAGGAGUAUAAGCUUGUGGACUACACAACCCCCCAGUCAAUGAGGACAAUACAAAAACUAUCAUCAUACCAUGUGGGUAACAGUUGGUUUACUAAUUCAUUUGACAAUGUAUUCAUUUAUUUACAUAUUCAUGUAUUUAUUUAUUGUUGCAUGUGUUUAUUUAUUUAAUUAUGUAUUUACCCAUUUAUUUAUUUGAUUUUAUAGUAUAUGUAUUUAUAUUUUUAUCUACAAAUCAAUCUAGAGUUUUUAUAUUUGAAAGUAUACUUUAUUGCUUUUUACAAUUAUGGAAAAAUGUUUAAUGAUUGUCUGACUAAACACAUUUAUGGAUGUUGACCCGUUUUUAUGGAUGUGAGAUCAUGGGAAAUAUUUGUUGGCCAUUAUACUCAUGUUGUACAUCUUAUUAUUAUUUAUGUUUCUCAGUGUCUUUCCACAUCAAAAGUAGCCUCUGGGUCCUCUGGACUUGAACGGUGUUGAUUAAGAAAUAACACACCUACAGACAAGUAUAGACUUAGGAACAUAGCAUUGCUCCAAAUGUUCUUACUAUCAGCAAAUAGCCCCAUUCACCCUUUUCCAAAGUUAUCGUCAUCCUUUACAUCUUACCCUACAAGCAUUAUGAUGGUCAUUAUGUCUGUGAAUAUCCAGUGUGUCCAUUCAAUCCCUCCUAUUAAGGCUGGCGUGGUGUUGGAGCGAGCUCUGCAAAAGUAUUUCUCUGGCACUGUAUGUUCCGUCAGAGCCGCUGACAGGAGAACAAUGUUUGUUUUCACCCUUCUUCUCUAACAUCUCAGAUUGGAGCGCACAGUAAGGAAUGGGGUGGAACUGAUAUUUGAAUUUUUUUUUUGUCACCACACCACAUUUUUACCGGAGUAAAUUGGUCUGUGUUAGGAGCGCUCUGCUCUCUAUACCAGCAAACAACAACACCCCUGGAGCUAGGGUCUCAAGUAAAUUCACUCUCUUUCCCCAAUGAUGUGCUCUCAGGCACUAAAGGAUCUUCUCUUAGAAUGUUUCUGUAAUAUAGAAACAAAUAAACUUUAUUUACUCUGUGUUGUACCCGUGGGCCAUGGUAUACUAAAAUCAAAUUGUAUUUGUCACACGCUUCGUAGACAACAGGUGUAGACUAACAAUGAAACGCUUACUUUAUGGGUCCAUUUCCUACAAUGCAGAGUUAAAGAUUUUUUUUUUUUUAA